AUGGGUCUAUUCUUUAAUGCUAUCUUAAUUUCUGUUUUAGCUCUGUCAUUAGCAUUUGUAUCAUCCUCGAAAAGCACUGAUAGUUUGACUACAGGAUCAUCACUUUCUUCUGAAGAUGUUCUGAUUUCAAAACCGCAUGGAAAUUUCACGGCGGGAUUUUUCAGUGUUGGCGAGAAUGCGUAUUGCUUUAGUAUAUGGUUUACUGAGCUAUAUGAUCAUGGAAAUUACACCAUUGUCUGGAUGGCCAAUAGGGACCGACCGGUUAAUGGAAAAAAUUCCAGGCUUUCCCUGCUCAAGUCUGGCAGUCUUGUGCUGACAGAUGCAGGGCAAUUUACUGUUUGGACAAGUAGCACGCAAUCAAGGUCUUCUCUUCAAUUGCAACUCCAUGAAAAUGGCAAUCUUAUGCUGAGCAAUAUAGAGGGCGGAAAUCUUUGGCAAAGCUUUAACUCGCCAACAAACACGCUUCUUCCAGGGCAGUCGCUCACCCAAAACUCUGGUCCUCAAACAGCAGGUAUUUCAUGGCCUGACCCAUGGAAACAUAGUUGGGACAACGGGAGGUACCCUUAUAACAACAGUAAGGUUGCCACUCUUGAUUCAUGGGGGAGAUUCCAGUCAUCAGAUCAGUUUGACAUUAUUACUGUUGAUUAUGGUCCAGGCAUACAAAGAAGAUUGACCAUGGAUUUUGAUGGCAAUGUCCGGGUCUACAGUCUUGAUAUGGCAAGUCGAAAUUGGAAAGUUACGUGGCAAUCCACACUGCAACCAUGCAAAGUUCAUGGCAUAUGUGGAGAAAAUAGUUUGUGCACUUACGCCCAUGAGACCGGAAGAAAAUGCACUUGUGCACCUGGAUACAAAAUCAAAAGCCAGAAAGAUUGGGCUUAUGGAUGCGAACCAGAUUUCCAACUGCCAUGCAAUGACAGUAAUGCAUCAGGUUUUCUUCUUCUCCAAAAUGUUGAAUUUUAUGGCUAUGAUAUUGGUUUCUUUAGUAAUUCCACGCUUGAUAAUUGUCAAAAUUUAUGCCUCAACUAUUGCAGUUGUAAAGGCUUCGAAUUCAAAUUUGAUAAAGAUAAAGGCUAUUAUAAUUGUUACCCUAAGGCCAGUUUGUUCAAUGGUCAUCGUUCAAGUGGUUUUGAUUUCCCAAUUUAUCUAAGAUUGCCCCAAUCUACUAUAACCUCAUUUGAUCAAAAGUCUCUUCAAGAAACCAACUUAAAGUGCACAGUCGAUGUUGCUUCACUCGACCGAGCAUACCAGAAAAAAUGUCAACAUGGGUGGGUGAAGUCAUCCUUGUGGUGCACUUUGGUAGUUGGGACUUUUGAGAUCAUCUGUUUCUUCACUUACUUGUUCAAAACCCAACGAGGAUCUAGUGCAAGAGUACAGGGUUACACUCAGGUUGCAACAGGAUUCAGGAAAUUCACUUUUGCUGAGUUGAAAAAGGCAUCAAGAAACUUCAGCACAGAAAUAGGACGAGGAGGGGGAGGCAUUGUGUAUAAAGGCGUGUUGACAGAUAAUCAAGUUGCUGCCAUCAAGUGUCUCAAUGAAGCCAACCAGGGAGAAGCUGAAUUUCUUGCAGAGUUGAGUACUAUUGGCAAGUUGAACCACAUGAAUUUGAUUGAGAUAUGGGGAUAUUGUGUUGAAGGUAAGCACAGGCUAUUGGUUUAUGAGUACAUGGAGCAUGGUUCUCUAGCAAAAAAUCUGCAUUCUGACAGACUUGACUGGAAAAAGAGGUAUGAUAUUGCUCUUGGUACAGCCAAAGGACUUGCUUACUUGCAUGAAGAGUGCUUAGAGUGGGUUUUGCACUGUGAUGUGAAGCCUCAAAACAUACUUUUGGAUUCGAAUUACCAGCCAAAGGUGGCAGAUUUUGGCCUGUCCAAACUAUUGAACAGAGGUGGAACAGAUGAAUCAACGUUUUCUAGGAUAAGGGGAACUAAAGGCUACAUAGCCCCUGAAUGGGUUUUCAAUCUUCCCAUAACCUCCAAAGUUGAUGUUUAUAGUUAUGGAAUUGUUGUGCUGGAAUUAUUAACCGGAAGAAGCCCAGUUGGAGGCCAUUCUAUGGAGGAAAACACCAGUGUGAUGGAGCCAAGAAGACUAGUUACGUGGGUGAAGGAGAAAACGCACGAAGCUAAUGGAAGAGCAUCACCAGCAGCAAUUGCAAAAAUUGUAGACCCUGCUAUAAAUGCUGAAUUUGAUAUGGCAAGAGUGGAACUUCUUGUUCAAGUUGCUCUCCAAUGCGUAGAGGAAGACAAAGAUGCAAGACCAACAAUGAACCAGGUGGUGGACAUGUUGCUGCAUCAAGAAAGUGAUGAAUAUUAG